GUCGCGAUGGCACUGGCUGGCGACACAGAAUGGAACGAAGAAGAAGCGCAAAAGAGAGCCAUAAGAGCUAUUACUACUCAAGCGGUUCGAGCGAAGAGGAGGGAGAUCAUCAGGCAAAUCAGAAAGAUCCAGCCACAGGCGGGGAAGAACCUGAAGGACGUGGAGGUCCCCCAGUCCCUCUUUCAGCUGGCGAGGGACAUCGUCCGCGACCCAGAAGCAAGUCUCAGGUUCAACAAAGUGGCCGUGUACGAGCUACUGCUGGGAGACCUCGCCAGACGGAGACGAGAAUCGGCCAACUCUGGCGGCGUGACGCUACUAGACAAGGCCGUGCCUGUGUUGGAUGGAUGGAAGCUGGCGAGCAUAUCUCUCGUCCGUUACGCUCUCAACCUCGUCCUGGCUCCUAACAGAGCCGAGUUCAAGAAGAUGAAAUUGUCGACUUCCUUCUACGUGUACAACAUCUCCCGUCACCUCCACCACGCAGAGGAGGCGUUCAAAGCCAUGGGCUACAGGGCGACUGACAAGAAGGAGAAGAAAGAGACCCAGGAUCUGGUCUACGAUGGAGAUGUGAAACUUCCACUGGUCCUGGAGACUGCCACCGACCUGCUGGUGAUGCAUGAGGAGGUCGUUCACCUCCAGGAGGCUGUAACCACGCUGCUAAACAGGGGGAGAUGGGAGGUUCCACUUGAGAACAUUGUCCAAAAUAGACGUCUACAGUUCGUUAGAGCUCAGCAGGGAAGUGGGAUUGCCCCAUCUGGCUCUCCACAUCCCAACCCACCUCCUUCCCCACACUUCGACCUUCAGAAUCCUCCUCCCCCACACUUCAACCCCCUUCCUCUUCAAGGUCUACACACUGGAGGACCACUGCAAUCAACCCAUCAUACCACUCAGCACAAGAACCAUCAUUAUGCAAAUUUUCCUGUCUCACAGUUGGACACCCCUGGGUUUAGUACUCCACCAAUCCCAACUUUCAGCUCACAACAGAACGAAGCUCUCCAAGUCCAGAGGUACCAGAAGAGUAAAGGACUACCAAUAGAGAGUGCAGUACGUGAGGCAGGUCUUCUGAUAUCUGCCCUCGUGGAGACUGGCACGACCCUCGGAACAGGGUCUUAUGGCAAGGUCAUUGAGGUUCAGGUCAGGGGGCGAAGGUGCGCAGCCAAAAAGCUUCAUGGAAUUUUCACUGGGCGAGACGUGCCACCAAAGGAGAAGUCAUCGAUAACUGAGCGAUUCGAGACGGAGUGUCGCCGUGUUCUCUACCUCAGCCACCCCAACAUCAUAGAGAUGAUAGGCAUCCAUUUCGACAGGGCCACUCGACUCCCCACUCUGGUCAUGGAGCUGAUGGACACAUCUCUCUGCAAGUACCUGGAGAACAAUGCUGAAUCCUCGGUCGCACUCUCCACCAAGUACAGCAUCCUGCACGACGUGGCCAGUGGUCUGGUGUACCUACACUCCCUCCCUCCUCCCCUCGGUCCCAUAGUCCACAGGGACUUCACCGCCAACAACAUUCUACUGGCUCUGACCAGGGGAAUGGUGGCCAAGAUCGCUGACCUCGGCCAGGCAAAGAUCGAUUCAAAGUACGCGACUCGACAGCAGCAACUCAGUCAGGUCCCGGGGAAUGAUGAUCACAUGCCUCCCGAGGCCUGGUUGGACAACCCAGUCUACAAUGCUUCACUUGAUGUCUUCUCAUUUGGAGUAGUCAUGUUGCAC